AUGAAAUGUUAUGCUUGUACAACAAUUAAUGCCGAUAGAUUUCUGGAUGACAUUCAAGAUUGGAGUUGGAAGAAAUGGUUUGAAAAUAUUCGUUUCGUUCCAAAAAUGAGACAAUGUGGUGACAAAUUUAAUUCAGAGGAUGCAUUAGGAGUUUAUGUAAAAAGGCAAGCUUGUGAUGAUGGCGUUUGUAUGAAAAUGGCAUUCACUUUCAAAAAUAGUGGAGAAGCUUACAUCUGGAGAAAUUGUGUACUUAAUACCCGAAAUGAAGAUGUACAGCCAGGAUGCACUCAAAUCACUAGUAGCAAAGGUACUUUGGAUGUAUGCAUUUGUGAUUGGCAUCUUUGCAACGGUGUCGUAAGGACACAGAUUCAAAGUUUUAAUUUGUUUCUGAUACAAAUUACCGUUUCGUAUCUAGUGAAUAAAUGUUUUUGA